AUGGUCACCAAAACACUCCACAUUAGGGUCAACCCUGCCAUGAUCCGGCAGUUUAACCAGCAAGGUUACAAGCUCUGCUUCGCCACUGGUGUUCAGACCGGUGGAAGAGUCAGCUACAACGUGAUCGCCUCAACCAACAGUGUUGCCGCAAACAUCACGAUUCAGUGGGAGGACUCGUAUGCUAUCGCUGGCACCCUGGUCGAUGUGGCCACAAACACCGUCGGCAUCAAUUUAGGCCAGAGUUACACCCUACCCCAGGACUUUACCGACGGACCCAUCAACGAUGACUCCUCGGCUCCUAAAGAUGGUAUCCGCUUUGUCAACAGGACCGGCGCGGCUGCUGCAGUCCUCUUCAAGAGAAUCAACGGUCAGAAUGCCCCGAUCUACAUCAGCGCCAAUGCCCCUCUUCCCCCAGGCACCGAGGACAUCACCCCGCUUAGCAGGGUGGCCGUGUGGUUCCAGAACGAAGCCCAGACCUCUAUGAUGAUCUCCAACCUCCCUGGAGGUUCUAGGGAGAUGGAAAUGAGCUUCAUGACGGAGGCAACACUGGAGUACACUGGUUCGGGAAGUUGGGUCCAGGUUUAA